AUGGGGUGCAUUCACAGCAUGAGCACCGGCAGGAUGAAGACACAUGGACCUGAUACUGACGCAGGAGGAAUCCCCAUAAAGGCAGAGCCCGAGGUGCAUCCUGAAGUCUUUCAACUUGCUGAGCUCGUCAAUUCAGGGAGCCACACCUUCACAGAGAAGAGUUUCAAGAGGAAACGGGUGUGCGAUGUGUGCAAGAAGAACAUCGACAGCCCCGGGGCUUUCUGCAAGGAGUGCAAGGUUGCGGUUCACAAGACAUGCGAGGCCAAGGUGACUCCCACCUGUACCUCAACACCAGACCUGCACGGCUCGACUAAAUCUACACUACAGAAGAAGAGAGGCUCCAUACAGAGGAGUAAAAGUGUGGAACAAGUGAUGGAGCAUGUGAUGGAGCGUCACUAUGACUUUGACCUCACCUACAUCACGGAGAGAAUCAUCUCUGUCUUCUUCCUGCCGGACCUGGAGGAGCAGCACUACCGCAGAAACCUGCAGGAAGUGGCCUCUAUGCUGAAAUCCAAGCAUCAGGACAAGUUCUUGCUUCUGAAUUUAUCAGAGAAGAGACAUGACAUCACCAGACUAAACCCAAAGGUGCAGGACUAUGGCUGGCCUGAUGUUCACGCUCCACCCCUCGACAGGAUCUGUUCUGUUUGUAAAGCCAUGGAGACCUGGCUGACCUCUGACCCCCACAAUGUGGUGGUCCUCCACUGCAAGGGAAACAAAGGGAAGACGGGGGUCAUUGUGGCUGCCUACAUGCACUACAGCAAGAUCUCAGCUGGAGCGGACCAGGCCCUCACCACUCUAGCAAUGAGAAAGUUCUGUGAAGACAAAGUCUCCUCCUCCCUACUGCCAUCUCAGAACCGGUACAUCUAUUACUUUGGCGGGUUGCUGUCAGGUACCAUCAAAAUGAACAGCAGUCCUCUGUUCCUCCACCAGAUCCUCAUUCCAUCACUACCAAACUUCCAGGCAGGAGGAGGUUUCUAUCCAUUCCUGAAAAUCUAUCAGUCCUUGCAGCUCGUCUACACUUCAGGUGUCUAUGAUCCCCAGAGCUCCAGGGCAAGAAAACUGUGUGUGACUAUGGAGCCAGCGCUUUUAUUAAAGGGGGACAUUAUGGUAAAGUGCUACCAUCGGCGGAGUCGAGCAGCAGAGAGGGAGGUGGUGUUCAGAGUACAGUUCCAUACUUGCACUGUCCACGGAGCCCAGCUGUGGUUUGGCAAGACUGAACUGGACCUGGCCUGCACAGAUGACAGGUUUCCUCCAGACGCUACAGUCGAGUUUAUCUUCUCCAAUGGGCCGGAAAAAAUGAAAGGUCGAGAAUACCGCAAGAAUGAUGCCUCCAUCAAAGUGGACUACAACAUCUCAAACCCUGUUGUCAGAUGGGAUUCUUAUGAGAACUUCAACCUGCACCACCAAGACAGCAUUGAAAAUAUCUCUCAUACGAGGGGCCCUCUGGACGGCAGCCUGUAUGCCCAGGUGAGGAAGCGCCGUGGGCCGGGCUCGACUGCCUCAGCAGCAUCACCCAACGGGUGUCUCACUAGCAGCCCAACAGUCAAGCCUCAAACUCCCAACCGGCCCCAGUCUCUCACCUAUACCUCCGACUCGAGCCACUCCUCAGUCCCCUCUGAUCACCUGGAAGACGCCUCUGCAUCCAAAACCCGCCCAGAAAGAGAAAACGCCGACUGUCCAUCAAAGAGAGGAGACGGGGAAGAUGGAGCAAAGGAGAAAAGACGAGGCAAAGAGAAAGACAGAGAGACAGCCAUUUUAGACGACGGAGACCCGCCAAGUCCUGGAGGCCUGAGGCGAGAACACUCGUGUUGUGGUCGAGCGGGUGCAAAGUGUGGCGAUGUUGGAUGGGAGAGGGAACGAGAGCCCUGCCUUACUGACGGUCAUUGUCUCGGCCGUUGCAACAUCACCAAAAAGAAUCCAAAAAGCCAAACUCUGCCGGCUUUGCCAUCCAAAUCUGUGUCCCCGCCUCCUCAUUCAACUCAUAUGGAACUCUGCCAUCGACACAGCGUCCAUCCUAUACAAGAGUUACCAUGGGAACGUCCACCCCCGCCCCUGCCCUGUCUCCUCAGGCCCUGCUACCCUUAUUCCACCCCUGAUCACACCCAUCCACACAGCCACACCCUCCCUGCCUUAAACAGACUCUGCACUGGGGAGGAGUGUCACCUCCUCCAUUAUUCCAGCCACACUCCAGCCUCUCAUCUCUCCCAUCAAUCACUGCCCUCUAGCCCUUACAGGGAAAUGUUCUUCAGCUCUCCAACAACGUCUUCUGGCUGCCCCUGUCGAGACUGCUCCAGCAGGCGAGAGCACCAAUCAGCCUCAGCUCGAGCAUUCCACCCAUUGCGCCUCGACCAAUCAGAAAACCCACACUGGUCCCAAGGGGCCGGGGUACAACGAACAAGAGAAGCGCCUCCGCUAUGGGAAAGUGAAAAUCCAUGGGAGGUGGCAAGAGAGGCAGAGUUCUGGCAGUGCAAACCAGCCGUGCCGGCAUUUCGCGUCUGCCACUCCACUUUGGAUCAGAGUCCAAACCCGGAGCCUAGAUAUGCCAUCGGACCUCAUCAGGGCUACCCUGGCCCCCAGUCUUUGAUGGAUGUGCGGGAUGGAGCCAGCAGUGGGUACCACACCCCUCCACAGCCCCAUCACUCCUGUCCCUGCUCUCCUUAUCAGUCAUCCCCAGCAGAGAGCCAUGAGAGCCGGGGUUACGUCUCAGGGUACCACUCUGGAUCAGCCUCGCCUCUGCCGGCUAGUAGCCCCUCUCCUGUGAGAGGCAGGCUGCCCGAGACUCCAUCUGGAUCUGGAGACCAGCAGCACUCUGAGCAUCAAAGAGGGGAACAAGCUAAGGCUGAUGCAGAGGAUGACAUAUCCCAGGGUUCUGAAGGUAAAUCGGACUCCAAUGGACAGUCAAGCACACCUGGACUGGACUCUGAUCAUGACUACACAAUCAUUGGUAGCAGCAGCCCCACACACACAGAAGACAGUGUAACUGCUGAAAGCCCUCCUCGAAACCAAGAACCCUCUAGACAUCUGGAGUCCAGCACAAAUAGCGACACAGCCAUCACACCUGUACCAAGAGAAACAGAAACCCAAAGCUCCAACAUAUCCAUAAACUCCGUACAACCAUCAAGUGAGCAGAGUUUGAGCCUUGAUGGUAAGCUUGGAGCAGCCAAGAUCACAGGAGGUGCAGAGGGAUCAAACCAAUCAAAGUCUUCAAGCUAUGCCACUGUCAUCAUCAACCCGGUCCAGGUGCAACUGAAUGGCUCUGCCCUUCCUAGCUAUACCCCAUCUGACUGCAGCAGAGGUGCAUCCAUGAACCCCUCUGCUAGCCUCAGCUCUAGCCCUUCCACCACUUCCCCAAAUUCUCCUAUUGGCUCCCCAGACAUUCAGUCUUCUCCCCAGUGCUCCACAUCAGCCACAGACGCUGCAGGACAAAGAUUGACUCCAGAAAGAGACAGCUCAACGGACACAAAGCCACCAUCACCUGUGCCCGACGGAUAUCAAACACCGACCUUCCCCUUAGCGUCCUAUUACUACCCAUUACUAAAUGUCCCUCAUGUGCCAUACACUGGAUACACUGCGGUCACCAUCCCCGCCGUCCAGCCACCGCUACCAGAGAAGAAACGUCUUUCGUCCACACCAGGAUACCUUAACGGACACAACUCUCUUCUCCGGGCCUCCUCAGCACCUUCCCCCACGCACCACGUUACUUUCUCCCCCUCUGCGGGAGAGCAGAGACGGGGGUCUUCAAACCAAAGCUGUAGGGAGGAGACGGACAUCAGGGUCAAUGCUAAGUUUGUCCAGGACAGCUCAAAGUACUGGUACAGACCAGGCAUCUCCAGAGACCAAGCCAUAGCUGUUUUGAAGGACAAGGGACCAGGAACCUUCCUCAUCAGAGACAGUAACUCCUUCCAGGGGGCCUACGGUCUGGCCCUCAAGGUGGCCACACCUCCUCCUAAUGCCAACAUCACUGGCAGCAAAGGAGAUCCUCUGGAACAGCUGGUGAGACACUUCCUCAUUGAGACUGGCCCACGGGGAGUGAAGAUUAAGGGCUGUCAGAAUGAGUCUUACUUUGGAAGUUUAUCUGCCCUGGUGUACCAGCAUUCAAUUACUCCCAUAUCUCUGCCAUGUGCCCUUCGCAUCCCAGAAAAAGAUCUGGUUGGGGAGCUUCAGGAGAUGCAGAGUGCAACAAACACCAGCACGGCGGCUGACCUCCUCAAACAAGGAGCAGCUUGCAACGUGCUCUACCUUAACUCCCUGGAAACCGAGUCAUUAACGGGCCCCGAGGCGAUCUCAAAGGCAACCAAAUGUACCUUGGCCCAGAAUCCACGUCCAGUGGCAACGGUGGUCCACUUCAAAGUGUCUUCUCAGGGCAUUACUCUAACCGAUAGCAAAAGAAGGCUAUUUUUCAGGAGACACUACCCAAUCAGCAGUGUGACAUUCAGCAGUCUCAACCCACAAGACCAGAGGUGGACUAAUUCUGAUAGCACGUCAAGCAAGAUGUUUGGCUUUGUGGCGAGGCGGACUGGGAGCACUACAGAGAACGUGUGUCACCUGUUUGCAGAAAUGGACCCCGAGCAGCCAGCUGUGGCCAUAGUCAACUUUAUCAACAAAGUCAUGCUGGGACCACAGCUACGCAGAUAAGAAGUGCGGGAGAAUGUGCAAACUCUGGAUUAUUGUGGGUCUAGGGGAGAUUUUAGCAGGAUUUUUUAAAGAGGUGUGUGUGACUACAUUUGUUCUUGCAUAUAUACAGGUGCUCGGCUGUAUGGCUGAUAACAGAAUCCAGUUCUGACAGAUUAAGGCUCUGUAGAGCAAAUUAUUGUUUAUACGUCAGUUUACAGAGCCAACAGUCAAAGAGGAAUAGUUUGAUAAGCCAAAGACUUACUUUGAUAACCUUUGCCAAAUAAGAUUUAAAUAAGAGUUGUGGUUUUGGGUGGUUGUUUAGUUUUUUUGCUGUUGAUUAAGUUGUUGCUAUUUUAUUUGUAAUUCUGUUUCAAACAGUUCACAUAACGUACAACAAACUUCCCAAGCUGCGAAAGUGACAAUCCAUGUACCACACUGUUAUUUGUAUUAAAGUUUCUCUAAAUCAAUAUUUAAAACUAAAGGAAAUGGUUAAGAAGUCUUCAACAUGUCAUGUUCUAUGGUUUUAAACAGCAUAAAUGCA